ACAAAAAGGCCUUUUCUGAACGACAUCGUCUUCCAAUCAAUUGUCGGCGUCAUUUGUGGUUAGCCAAAUUUAGAAAAGAAGUGAAAAGAACGAGCAAAAGAAUAAAAAUGGAUACCGUGGAGAAACUGAACGUACAACAUAAGGAAAAGGAAGACUGGCUUAUAAACAUAGUUUGUGUUUGCCAAGAGAGCCAGAAAGGAGUGAAUGAUGAAAUAGAAGUUGAAGCGGGCGAAUUGGUGAUUCCUUUUGAUGUUUCUGAAAAGUGGCUGUGGGUUCGGUCCUCAAACUCUAUUGGAGUGUACCCAAGAUCGUAUCUGGAACGAGUUGAAGAGGGGAGAUUUUUUGAACACCCUAUUGAUAAUAAGUGUCCUUUUUGUCGUAUAACUGUAACUAAAAUAUCAUAUGCUACUCAUGUCAGGGAAUUCCCUUCUGGAAAUUGUUUAUUAACUCAAAAAUGUGAAAAAUGUUUAAAACCGUUAAAAAACAAAAGAUCUCUUAAAAAACACAAAUGCAAAAUUGUAAACUUACAUAAUUAUACAUGUCCUUAUUGUGCAAAGAAAUUUCAAAGACGUUCAAAUCUUAGUAAACAUUUAAGAGAAAAUAUUUGUAUGCCUUCUUGCUUCGUAUGUAAAAAUAUUUGUAAUAGUUGUAAUUCAAAAAAGGAAUAUUCGCACAUAAUUUUUCAAAAGAUGGAUGAGUUAGAUAAUAGUUUAAAAGCGAAAGACAUUGAACAAGUUUAUAAUGAGGGUAGUAUUUCAUUUUUUGAAAUGUUAAAAGUUAAGAAAAAUUUUUCUUCAUUUAUCAAAUAUAUGAGGAAUACUAAAUUUAACUCGCGAUUGAUUUGGAUUCUCCUAGAAGUCAUUGAUAAGAGAAUAAUGCCAUUUAAGGCUCUUAAAGAUGAAAAUGUUAUUACUUUGCUGAUAACAUGUAAUUUGUUUUCAAUUGCUUCAAUUGAUGUACACUUACGAAUCCAAGAAGUGUUACUAUCUGCUUGGGGAUUGAAGGAUUGCAGUGUUUUAAAUGGUUUUGAAGGACUACGAGAUUACAUAAACAAAGAUCAAUAUGAGCCGAUGAUUUCUACCAGUGUGGUGGACAAAGAGAAGCAGAAAUUAUUAUCGGAAAUGGACGAGCCGGAAACCAAACAAAACGACAAUAUCAUUUUUUUGAACGAAACCCAGCAACAAUUUGCUAUCAAUUCCGGAUUAAUCUUUACCGAUGAAAAUGGUAACCUGUUGAACUAUCAAGUAGUGAACGAUCCGGAUGAUCAGCAGGACGCGCCGGAUGAUAAACAGGACGCGCCGAUGGUGGAUUCCGACGAGAUUGUUAUUGACGACAUCGAAAACGAGUCGGAUGAUCAGCUGGACGGGCCGGAUGAUCAGCUGGACGCGCCGAAGGACGCGCCGGAUGAUCAGCAGGACGCGCCGGAUGAUAAACAGGACGCGCCGAUGGUGGAUUCCGACGAGAUUGUUAUUGACGACAUCGAAAACAAGUCGGAUGAUCAGCUGGACGGGCCGGAUGAUCAGCUGGACGCGCCGAAGGACGCGCCGGAUGAUAAACAGGACGCGCCGAUGGUGGAUUCCGACGAGAUUGUUAUUGACGACAUCGAAAACGAGUCGGAUGAUCAGCUGGACGGGCCGGAUGAUCAGCUGGACGCGCCGAAGGACGCGCCGGAUGAUCAGCAGGACGCGCCGGAUGAUCAGCUGGACGCGCCGGAUGAUAAACAGGACGCGCCGAUUGUGGAUUCCGACGAGAUUGUUAUUGACGACAUCGAAAACAAGUCGGAUGAUCAGCUGGACGGGCCGGAUGAUCAGCUGGACGCGCCGAAGGACGCGCCGGAUGAUAAACAGGACGCGCCGAUGGUGGAUUCCGACGAGAUUGUUAUUGACGACAUCGAAAACGAGUCGGAUGAUCAGCUGGACGGGCCGGAUGAUCAGCUGGACGCGCCGAAGGACGCGCCGGAUGAUCAGCAGGACGCGCCGGAUGAUCAGCUGGACGCGCCGGAUGAUAAACAGGACGCGCCGAUUGUGGAUUCCGACGAGAUUGUUAUUGACGACAUCGAAAACAAGUCGGAUGAUCAGCUGGACGGGCCGGAUGAUCAGCUGGACGCGCCGAAGGACGCGCCGGAUGAUCAACAGGACGCGCCGAAGGUGGAUUUGGACGAGAUUGUUUUUGACGACAUCGAAAAGGAGUCGGAUAAUCAGCAGGACGGGCCGGAUGAUCAGCUGGACGCGCCGAAGGACGCGCCGAAUGAUCAACAGGACGCGCCGGAUGAUCAGCAGGACGGGCCGAAGGACGCGCCGAAUGAUCAACAGGACGCGCCGGAUGAUCAGCAGGACGCGCCGAAGGUCGGGCCGAAAGGUGCUGGAAAUAAGCGGAAGCUGGUUGGUGAUCAAACGGAUGGAACUACUAAAAAAAAAAAAAAAAAACCGCAGAUGUGUCCAAAUUGCGGCCGUCUUCUUUCUCAAAGAACUGCGUUGAGAAACCAUAUGAAUGUAUGUUUAGGUUUAAAACCAUUCAAGUGCAAUCUAUGCGAGAAAGCUUUUGCACAACCUAAUGGGCUUAAGUAUCACCUUAAUUCAGAGCACAAAGAAAAUGUUUAAUUAAGCUUAACUAAAC